CUUCAUAGGAAAAGAAACAGCAAAAAACACCAGAAGGAAACCAAUGUAAUAUGUUAUGUGCCGUUAAUGGUCUUGCUAGGCAGAGCAACACAUUAUGGAGGGGGCUUUAGAAAAUAGCACAGAUACGCCUGUGAUCUCUCAGAGCAAUGGUGCACCCAGAGAAAUGAUCGACAUGGUGGAGCUUUCUAACGAUGACAACACAAAAUUUGAUGACACUGGCUUCUCCUUCCAGCUGCAAACUGCAAUGGAUAAUCUCAGACUGGAAAAUUCUCUAACAGACGUAACGCUGUAUGUUGAAGGCAGGGAAUUUCCUUGUCACAGAGUGGUCUUAGCAGCUGCAAGUAAUUAUUUCAGGGCCAUGUUUUGCAACAAUCUGAAAGAGAAAAAUGAAGACAAAAUUGUGAUUAAGGGUGUGGAUUCAGAGACAAUGAAGAUACUGAUAGAUUACACAUACACCAGCAGAGUGCUCCUCACCAAGUACAAUGUGCAGAAAAUACUUGAAGCCGCUAGUCUUUUCCAGUUCUUACGAAUCGUAGAUGCCUGUGCUAAUUUCCUCACUGAAGCCAUGCUACCAGAAAACUGUGUGGGGAUUCUAAGACUGGCUGAUGAUUAUUCCCUGCUUGCUCUAAAAACACAAGUGCAAACCUACAUAAUCCAGAACUUUCUUCAGGUGGUAACCUAUAGAGAACUUCUUGAUAUCCCAUGUGAUAUCUUUUGUGAGAUCUUAAAAAGUGAUGAUUUGUGUGUGACUGAGGAGGAGCAAGUUUAUGAGGCAGUGAUGAGCUGGGUUCGUUCACAAGAACAUGAGAGACUGCCACUAUUGUCAAAGAUCUUGAGAAAUGUACGGUUGCCACUGCUGGACCCAUGGUAUUUUGUCGAAAAAGUAGAAGGGGAUGAAGUGAUUCGCAAGUGUCCUGAUGCGUUUCCUCUCCUGCAGGAAGCAAGGAAAUAUCAUCUUUCUGGAAAUGAAAUUAUUUCUGAACGUACAAAGCCCCGGGUGCAAGAGUUCCAGUCAGAGGUCUUUACAAUAAUAGGUGGCUGUACAAAAGAUGAAAAAUUUGUAUCAGAUGUGACCUGCUUCGAUCCACUGAGACGCAGCCGACUGGAAGUAGCAAAGUUACCAAUUACUGAAAUGGAGGCAGAUACCGAGAAUAGAAAAUGGAUAGAAUUUGCUUGUAUCACAUUCAGAAAUGAAGUUUACUUAUCAGGAGGUAAAGAGACACAACAUGAUGCCUGGAAGUACAAUCCUUCCUUGAACAAGUGGAUCCAAUUAGAAUAUCUGAACAAUGGCAGGUGGAGACACAAAAUGGCUGUGCUGGGAGGAAAGGUGUACGUUAUUGGUGGUUUCGAUGGAAUCCAGCGACAGAACAGUGUGGAAGCUUAUGAUUCCUUUCAUAACUGCUGGACACAGGCAGCACCCCUCAUGCUAAACGUGAGCUCCUUCGCGGCAUCAGCCUACAAUGAGAAGCUUUAUGUAAUUGGAGGUGGACCAAAUGGGAAACUCUCCACAGAUAAAACUCAGUGUUUUGACCCAUCUACUAACGAAUGGAGUUUCAAAUCGCCAAUGCCAGUUGAGGCAAAGUGCAUUAAUGCAGUCACCUUUAAAGAACACAUUUAUGUUGCAGGUGGUGCAAUGAAAGCACUGUACUCAUACAACCCCAGGUUUGAUUCAUGGAGUUUGGUCACCAGGCUUGCCCAUGAGAGAGCCAGCUGUGGGAUCGCUGCCUGCAACAACAAGAUUUUUAUCACUGGAGGUCGUGAUGAGAAAAAUGAAGUCAUUGCCACUGUACUUUGUUGGGAUGCAGAAUCCCAGAAGCUGACUGAAGAAUGUGUCCUGCCUAGAGGGGUGUCUCAUCAUGGGAGUGUCACGGUUAGGAAAUCCUACUCGCAUGUACGGAGGAUGGUGCCAGGCGCAAUUUCCGUCUGAUUUAAAAACAUAAAUUAACUAAUUUGCUGUUGGUGGAAUCACUCAGCAUUUGGGAGCAAUAAAUGACAGAAGCUGAGAAGAAAAUGAGGAACAAUGGCUUGCUUUCUUCUAGUCUACUGUUUUUACUGUCAAAUUGUAAGCUGUUAUAAUGUUAUACAUUUCAGUACAAUAUACAGACAUUUAAAAA